AUGGCAAACCUUCCGGUAUACAGACUUGCAGCAUUCGUUCAUCCUUUCACGCACACCGGGAUCGACUAUUUUGGUUCCAUGGAAGUGGUUAUAGGGAAACGGGUUGAGAAACGUUGGCGGGUUCUUCUGACUUACCUUACAAUUCGUGCGGUUUACAUAGACUUAGCUAGCUCAUUGUCCACAAGUUCAUGCGUAACGGUGACACGCAACUUCAUGGUGCGACGAGGCACACCGACCGUUUUCUACAGCGACAGAGAAACCAACUUCAUUGACCCCCAGCGAGAGUUGAAGCAGGCAUUGCUGGCCCUAGAUCAGCACGAGAUGGCACAGGAGUUCGUGUCUUCGACUAUUACCUGGCGUUUCAAUCCACCGCCACCGGCGUCUCCCCAUAUGGGAGGAAACUGGGAACGGCUUAUUCAAUCUGUCAAACGUACCUUGCCAGAGUUUCGGUUGUCGCGUCGACCGACGGAGGAAGAGUUGAGGAACGCGUUGAUUGCGGUUGAAGGCAUUCUAAAUGCAAGACCGCUGACUCACGUGCACAUAGAGGAAAAGGCAGCCCCCGUUCGUACCCCUAAUCACUGGUUGCUGGGACCCUGGACCGAGUGGGACGAUGAUUCAACUUUCUUGAGUCGUGGGUCGUGGCUGGCAUCAAUCUCAGCAAAUGGUAAACCAUUUCUGGAAGAGGUGGGUGCGAGAGUAUCUGCCGGAAAUAACCCGGCGAUCCAAGUGGCAUGA